GAGAAAAAGCGAGGAAAGGAAGAAGGGGCGUUGAAAGGAGGGUUUUUUUUUUUCUCUCUCUCUCUCUCUCUUUUUCUCCCUCUUGCAAACCAACACGGCAGGGCAGCCCUGACCCGGAGCCACCCCGCCCACGCUCUCCUUUUUCUCCCCGCAAAAGGAGGAGGCGUGGGCGAUCCCUGCGCCCCGGGGUUACCCCCAGAACGUGGUUUCCCCAAAACCAGACAAGUAGUGACCUUCCUAAAAUCACAAACCUAUGGUUGAUUUACAAGGAUGUUCUCCCAAAAUCGGCCCCCGGCUCACCUACAGACACCGCCUGUGGCCACCGCAGCUGUUGCCGCCGCGGCUGCCGCCAGUGUCGUAUCAACUGCCCCCCAGUCUUUGAAACUGACCUACCCCGAGAUACUGGACCGGAUCAAAGAGGAAUUCCAGUUUUUGCAGAACCAGUACCACAGCUUGAAGCUCGAGUGCGAGAAACUGGCCACGGAGAAGACAGAAAUUCAGCGGCAUUAUGUCAUG